AUGGCGACAAUUGCAAGCGGCUUGCGGCAUGCAAGGUGCGCAAGCUCGAUUGCUGCCGCUCAAUGGCGGCCGACAAUCCUCCCGCGGUCGAGCUUUCAACUCGCCAUCCGGUCCAUAACCAGCGACUCUCAAAAGCCUCCCAGUCUUGAACUUGAAGCGGCCGAGUCCGUCCCGAUCCCAUACCAGGGCGUUACGCAUGCGCGAGUCGUUCCGGCAACGCCAUCUUACUUCUCAAGAGAGCCCCAGUUCAACGAUUUAUACAUUGGAAUCUCCAAACUGCUCACCAAGUACAACCACCUGCCCACAGUGCCGCCAGGUGAAGCUCCGCAGAUGCCAUGGACAAAGCUGGAGGAGAUGCGGGCGCAGAUGGGAGAGCCCAUCAAGUCAUCACACUACGCGAAGGUCAUGCGGGUGGCCAAGCGCUUGAAUCUCAUCGAGCCCAGCCUGCGGCCGCAAGAGGUCAAGGUGGCCCUGACGGAGUUUACGAGAGACAUCAACCCAUUCCUAAACAUGCCCAACCCCAUCACGAUUGACAAGUUUGGGCGUGCCGUUGGCGUGGGCAAGAGAAAGGAGUCAACAGCUCGCGCGUUUGUCGUGGAGGGAACUGGAGAGAUUCUGGUCAACGGCAAGACUCUGAGCGAGGCCUUUGGCCGCGUGCACGACCGUGAGAGCGCGGUCUGGGCACUCACUGCCACGGAGAGACUGGACAAGUACAACGUCUGGGCCUUGGUUGAGGGCGGCGGCACGACCGGGCAGGCUGAGGCAAUUACCCUGGCCGUGGCGAAAGCGCUGGUCGCUCAUGAGCCGGCAUUGAAGACGGCUCUAAGGAGAGCUGGCUGCAUCACACGCGAUCCCAGAACAGUGGAGAGGAAGAAGCAUGGACAUGUCAAGGCCCGGAAGAUGCCUGCCUGGGUCAAGCGAUAG